AUGGCGCAGCUGCCGCCCAAGAUCCCCACCAUGGCGCCGGCGUGGCCGGAGUUCGGGGGCGGGCACCACCACCACCACCAGCAGCGCAGCCCCUCCGUGGGCACGUUCCUCGCCGCGCCCAUGCCGCCGCCGCCGCUCCACCCGCAGCCGCAGCAGCAGCUGUCGUGGGUCGACGAGUUCCUCGACUUCUCCGCCGCCAAGCGCGGAGCGCACCGCCGCUCCGUCAGCGACUCCGUGGCGAAUGCUGGCGUCGACGACGGCAAUGCUGGCGUCGGGGCGUACGACUUCGACCGCCUCGACGACGACCAGCUCCUGUCCAUGUUCUCUGACGACCUGCAGCCGCCGCCGCCGCCGCAGGCCGCGCCCGCGCCGGUGGCGAGCUCGUCGUCGCCGUCCGACCACAACAGCAUCAACGACGAGAAGACGGACAGGGGCGAGGCCGAGGAGGCGCAGAGCAAGUGCCACGGCGACGCCGCCGACGCCGCGCCGGCCUCCGCCGCCGCAGUCGAUCCUAAGCGUGUCAAGAGGAUCCUGGCGAAUCGGCAGUCCGCGCAGCGGUCGCGCGUGCGCAAGCUGCAGUACAUCUCGGAGCUGGAGCGCAGCGUCACGUCGCUUCAGACGGAGGUGUCGGCGCUGUCCCCGCGCGUGGCGUUCCUCGACCACCAGCGCUCGCUGCUGACGCUGGGGAACAGCCACCUCAAGCAGCGAAUCGCCGCGCUCGCGCAGGACAAGAUCUUCAAAGAUGCUCAUCAGGAGGCACUGAGGAAGGAGAUCGAGAGGCUGAGGCAAAUCUACCACCAGCAGAGCCUGAAUAGCGGCGGUGAGCCCCCAGCGCCGGACGCGGCCCCGGUCCGCGGCGACAAGGACGACAUGAUCGGCAGCAGCGAGGGGACCGCCGCGCCCGCGCCCGGCCUGCCCUCGUGA